CGCCCCCACAGGCGUCGUUUUUUAAAACAUGUUGAGUGAAAGUUGAAAGAGUCCCUCCGUGGAGCCUAAGGAAUGCUCGGCAAAGACAACACGUACCAAGAGUUCAACGAUGACGACGACGCCAAUGCCGGGAACAACAGGCGGUCUCCAGACUUCUUUGGGGACCCGGUUGAAGACGACCAGGAUCCCGACGACAGAGUUUCACCAGAGGACGAGGCGAGGGGCAGCCUGUCGUCCAUCAUGGUGAGCAAAACCUGCCUGAAGAACGUCUUCACGGUGGUGCUCAUCUUCAUCUACCUGCUCCUGACGGCCGUGGCCGCCUUCCUGGCCUACCAGACCAUCUCCGACUUCCUGGAGAAGCUCAACAACCCGGUCAUGUCCGUCACCUACAAGGAGGUGGACGUCUUCUCGCCGCCAGGUAUCGCUCUGUACCCGGGCAACGCGCAGCUGCUGAGCUGUCGCCACCACGACCAUGACCGCGUCCCGCCUCUGGUGGACCCCGGCAAGCCCCAGGCGGGGGACUGCGUCAUCAAGGAGGUGACCUACUUGGGACCCUUCACCAAUGGAACACAGAAGAAGGCGCUGGUGGUCCGUGGCCCCUCGGACGUCAGGAACAAGGAGCUGAUCUUCAUGCAGUUCAGUCAGAACGAAACAGAGGAGGACUUCAGCGCCAUCACGUACAUGCUGUUCGCCAACUUUAGCGACCUCGCAGACAGUCGGAAUAAAUCCCAGUUCAUGAGGGACUGUGAGAGGAAUUACUCCAUGUGGACCUUCUCUGGGGGAUUCCGAACCUGGGUCAAGAUGUCUUUAGUCAGGACUUCGGGGAAGAGCAACGAAUCUGUGGAGUUUCGCCAAGAGUCGGCUGUGGUCAAAUUCAACGACAAGAGGCCCGAACCCGAGAGAAGCAACCAGCUCUUCUUUGCGGUUUUUGAGUGGCGGGAUCCUUUCAUGCAAGAAAUUCGACUGAUCGUGACCGCAAACGCAUGGAGCUCGGUGGCCAUUCUGUGUGGCGUUUUUAUGGCCUUCUUCAAGGCGGCCAACUUUGCCAAACUCAGCGUGCAGUGGAUCAUCAGGAUGCGCAAGAGGCACCAGAGGCACAAAGCCAGGGAGCUGAGUCCCGUCACGGAGGAGAGUUCACCCAAGUGAUUGUGUUACGCUCAUCCAGACCACUAUUUUUUUUUAAAAGGGGGGCUGGGGGGGACACUCAGGCAAUAGUUGUGUGAACGCUCCACAACAUUCACACAUGCUUUUCUACACCAAAAUUCUUCUAUUUAUUAUUAUUAUUAUUCUCCAGAUUUUGGCGCGCUCUACCUUCCACAUUUUUCAUCCGAUUCAAACCGUUCCAACUUCAAACUGUUCAGCCUAUUCGGGAAUCGCGGGCUUUCCCUAGACAGAUUCCAAAAAUUCCCAGAUUUCCCAGAAUUCCAGGUUUUCCGGGACAUUUUUCCCAUUCAAAAUGAAUUGGCCAUUUUUCAAACUUCCACCAUUUCCACAUUUUUCAACCGAUUCAAAUCGUUCCACCUUCAACACAUUCCACCAUCCUUGAAAUUUUAACUAUCUUCUUUCCAAGUUAAAAAAAAUUCCAGGAUUUUCCAGAAUUCCUGUUUUUCCAAAGCCCUAUUUUCACCCUUUUUUCUGGCGACUACUCCUUCCACAUUUUUCAACGCAUUUCAACCGUUCCACCGUCAAAACAUUCCUCUUAAUCAGGACAAAAAACAAAGUAGUUUUUUUCACUCGAAAAAUUCCCGAAAUUCCAGGAAUUCCGUAAUACCAUUUCUCAAUUAAAAAUGUUACUACUUCAACAUUUCUCGACCGAAUUGAAAAAUUCCAACACCAACCAUUUCAACUCAUUCAGACCAUUCAAGUUUUUUUUGUACGAAACUUUUCCCGAAAUUCCCACAUUUUGGGAAAUUCCCAUUGAAGUCAAUGGGACAUUCUUCAAAGUUCCACAACUGCCACAUUUUUUAUCUGAUUCAAACCGUUCCAACUUCAAACUGUUCAGCCUAUUCGGGAAUUGCAGGCUUUCCCUUGACAAAUCCCAAAAAUUCCCAGAUUUCCCAGAAUUCCAGGUUUUCCGGGACAUUUUUCCCAUUCAAAAUGAAUUGGCCAUUUUUCAAACUUCCACCAUUUCCACAUUUUUCAACGGAUUCAAAUCGUUCCACGUUCAACAUAUUCCACUCAUUCUGGACAUUCAAACUAUAAUUUUUCCUAGUUCAAAUAAAUUCCAGGAAUUCCCAGAAUUCCCAGUUUUCCACACCUUAUUUUCACCCUUUUUUCUGGCGACUACUCCUCCCACAUUUUUCAACCCACUUCAACCGUUCCACCGUCAAAACAUUCAUCUUAAUCAGGAAAAAAAAAAAGAAGUUGUUUUUUGAACUGGAAAAAUUCCCAGUUUUCCCGAAAUUCCAGGAAUUCCGUAACACCAUUUCUCAAUUAAAAAUGUUACUACUUCGACAUUUCUCGACCGACUUGUAAAAUUCCAACACCAACCAUUUCAACUCAUUCAGACCAUUCAAGGUUUUUUGUACGAAACUUUUCCCGAAAUUCCCAAAUUUUUGGGAAAUUCCCAUUGAAGUCAAUGGGACAUUCUUCAAAGUUCCACAACUGCCACAUUUUUUAUCUGAUUCAAACCGUUCCAACUUCAAACUGUUCAGCCUGUUCGGGAAUCGCGGGCUUUCCCUUAAAAAAUUCCAAAAAUUCCCAGAUUUCCCAGAAUUCCAGGUUUUCCGGGACAUUUUUCCCAUUCAAAAUGAAUUGGCCAUUUUUCAAACUUCCACCAUUUCCACAUUUUUCAACCGAUUCAAAUCGUUCCACCUUCAACACAUUCCACCAUCCUUGAAAUUUUAACUAUCUUCUUUCCAAGUAAAAAAAAAUUCCAGGAUUUUCCAGAAUUCCCUGUUUUUCCAAAGCCCUAUUUUCACCCUUUUUUCUGGCGACUACUCCUUCCACAUUUUUCAACGCAUUUCAACCGUUCCACCGUCAAAACAUUCCUCUUAAUCAGGACAAAAAACAAAGUAGUUUUUUUAACUCGAAAAAUUCCCGAAAUUCCAGGAAUUCCGUAAUACCAUUUCUCAAUUCAACAUGUUACUACUUCGACAUUUCUCGACCGACUUGUAAAAUUCCAACACCAACCAUUUCAACUCAUUCAGAUCAUUCAAGGUUUUUUGUACGAAACUUUUCCCGAAAUCCCCACAUUUUGGAGAAAUUCCCAUUGAAGUCAAUGGGACAUUCUUCAAAGUUCCACAACUGCCACAUUUUUUAUCUGAUUCAAACCGUUCCAACUUCAAACUUCAGCCUAUUCGGGAGUCGCAGGCUUUCCCUUGAAAAAUUCCAAAAAUUCCCAGAUUUCCCAGAAUUCCAGGUUUUCCGGGACAUUUUUCCCAUUCAAAAUGAAUUGGCCAUUUUUCAAACUUCCACCAUUUUACCACAUUUUUCAACCGAUUCAAAUCGUUCCACGUUCAACAUAUUCCACUCAUCCUGGACAUUCAAACUAUAAUUUUUCCAAGUUCAAAUAAAUUCCAGGAAUUCCCAGAAUUCCCAGUUUUCCACACCUUAUUUUCACCCUUUUUUCUGGCGACUACUCCUCCCACAUUUUUCAACCCACUUCAACCGUUCCACCGUCAAAACAUUCCUCUUAAUCAGGACAACAAAAAUAAGUUGGUUUUUGAACUGGAAAAAUUCCCAGUUUUCCCGAAAUUCCAGGAAUUCCGUAGCACCAUUUCUCAAUUAAAAAUGUUACUACUUCAACAUUUCUCGACCGAAUUGAAAAAUUCCAACACCAACCAUUUCAACUCAUUUAGAACAUUCAAACUUUUUCACGUUUUCCAAAGAAUUCCCUCUUUUCCCGAACUUCCCAAAUCUGCAGGAAAUUCCCAUGAAUGGGACAUUUUUCAAAGUUCCACAUCUCCCACAUUUUUUAUUCGAUUCAAACCCUUCCAACUUCAAAAUAUCCCGCUUGUUCAGGAAUUGUGUGCUCCCUUUCAACAAUUAUAAAAAAAAUCCCGGAUUUCCGAAAAUUCCCAGUCUUUAGGGACAUUUUUCCCAUUCAAAAUGAAUUGGCCAUUUUUCAAACUUCCACAUUUUUCAACGGAUUCAAAUCGUUCCACGUUCAACAUAUUCCACUCAUCCUGGACAUUCAAACUAUAAUUUUUCCAAGUUCAAAUAAAUUCCAGGAAUUCCCAGUUCUCCACACCCUAUUUUCACCCUUUUUUCUGGCGACUACUCCUCCCAUAUUUUUCAACCCACUUCAACCGUUCCACCGUCAAAAAAUUCCUCCUAAUCAGGACUAAAAAAAGAAGUUGUUUUUUGAACUGGAAGAAUUCUCAGUUUUCCCGAAAUUCCAGGAAUUCCGUAACACCAUUUCUCAAUUAAAAAUGUUACUACUUCAACAUUUCUCGACCGAAUUGAAAAAUUCCAACACCAACCAUUUCAACUCAUUCAGAACAUUCAAACUUUUUCACGUUUUCCAAAGAAUUCCCUCUUUUCCCGAACUUCCCAAAUCUGCAGGAAAUUCCCAUGAAUGGGACAUUUUUCAAAGUUCCACAACUCCCACAUUUUUUAUUCGAUUCAAACCCUUCCAACUUCAAAAUAUUCCACGCGUUCAGGAAUUGUGUGCUCCCUUUCAACAAUUAUAAAAAAAAUCCCGGAUUUCCGAAAAUUCCCAGUCUUUAGGGACAUUUUUCCCAUUCAAAAUGAAUUGUCCAUUUUUCAAACUUCCACCAUUUCCACAUUUUUCAACCAAUUCAAAUCGUUCCACGUUCAACAUAUUCCACUCAUCCUGGACAUUCAAACUAUCAUUUUUCCAAGUUCAAAUAAAUUGCAGGAAUUCCCAGAAUUCCCGUUUUAUCAAUCACAUUUUCCACUCUUUUUUCUGUUGACUACUCCUUUCACAUUUUUCAACCCACUUCAGCCGUUUCACCGUCAAAUCAUUUCUCUUAAUGAGGACAAAAAACAAAGUUGUUUUUGAACUGGAAAAAUUCCCGGUUUUCCAGGAAUCCUGUAAAACCAUUUCUCAAUUAAAAAUGUUACUACUUCAACAUUUCUCGAUCGAUUCGAAAAAUUCCAACACCAACCAUUUCAACUCAUUCAGAACAUUCACGUUUUUUAACAUUUUCCAAAAAAUUCCCUCCUUUCCCGAAAUUCCCAAAUUUGCAUGAAAUUCCCAUUGAAAUAAAUGGGACAUUUUUCAAAGUUCCACAACUCCCCCAUUUUUUAUCCGAUUCAAACUGUUCGAACUUCAAAAUAUUCAGCAUGUUCAGGAAUUGUGUGCUCCCUUUCAACAAUUACAAAAAAAAUUCCCGGAUUUCUGAGAAUUCCAAGUUUUUAGGGACAUUUUCACCAUUCAAAAUGAAUUAUCCAUUUUUCAAACUUCCACAAUUCCCACAUUUUUUAACCGAUUCAAACCAUUUCACCUUCAACACAUUCAACUCAUCCUAGAAAUUUCCUCGUUCUACAAAUUUCCAGGAAUUCCUGGGUUUUUUCUAACCUAAUUUCCAACCUUUUUUUAGUGCGAUGACUCCUUUCACAUUUUUUAACCCAUUUCAACCGUUCCACUGUCAAAACAUUCCUCUUAGUCAGGACAAAAAACCAAGUUGGUUUAAGAACUUAAUAAAUUCCCGGUUUUCUAGGAAAUCAGUAAAACCAUUUCUCAAAUAGAAAUUUUACGACUUCAACAUUUCUCGACCGAUUUGAAAGAUUCCAACACCAACCAUUUCAACUCAUUCAGAACAUUGACAUGUUUUAGCAUUUUCCCCAAAAUUCCCUCUUUUCCCGAAAUUCCCAAAUUUCCAGGAAAUUCCUAUUGAAAUGAAUGGAACAUUUUUCAAAAUUCCACAACUCCCACAUUUUUUUAUCCGAUUCAAACCGUUCCAACUUCAAAAUAUUCAGCCUGUUCAUGAAUUGUGUGCUCUUUUUCAACAAAUAUUUUUAAAAAUUCCCGGAUUUCCAAAAAUCCCCAGUCUUUAGGGACAUUUUUCCCAUUCAAAAUGAAUUAUCCAUUUUUCAAAGUUCCACAAUUGCCACAUUUUUCAACCUAUUCAAACCAUCCCACCUUCAACACAUUCAACUUAUCCUGGAAAUGUAAACAACCAGGAAUUUCCAGGAAUUCCUGUGUUUUUCUAACAUUAUUUCCAACCUUUUUUAGUGCGAUGAUUCCUUUCACAUUUUUCAAACCAUUUCAACCGUUCCACCGUCAAAACAUUCCUCUUAGUCAGGACAAUAAAACAAGUUGGUUUAAGAACUUGAAAAAUUCCCGUUUUUCCCGAAGUUCCCUAAUGCCAUUUCUCAAUUAAAAAACUGUUACUACUUCAACAUUUCUUGACCGAUUUAAACAAUUCCAACACCAACCAAUUCAACUCAUUCAGGACAUUCAUGUUCCUAAUCAUUUUCAACAAAUCCCGCUUUUCCAAAAUUCCCAAAUUUCCAGGAAGUUCCCAUUGUUGGGUAAUUUUUCCAAGUUACACAAUUCCCACAUUUUUCAACCUCUUCAAACCAUUCCAACAUCAACACAUUCCAAUCAUCCUGCACAUUCAAACUAACACUUUUCCCAAAUUCCAAACCAAAUUCCGGUUUUCCUGGAAAUUCAAACUCUUCAACAUUCAAACUAUUCUUACAUUCAUACUACAUUCUGUCAGCAUUUCACUUCAACUUCAGCAUUGGAGCAUUCACACGCAAUUCCUUCAGGAAUUGCUUCAUCUAUUUACAUUUCAAAAUCAGAGGCAUUUCUUUCCACAUCCAUUCCAGGCAGUUUUAUGCACAUAUUUUGCUGAAAGACACUGAAAAUGUUUAUUGUUUUUGUUGAUUUUACUGUAUGUUGCUCAUGUUUGUAGCCUUGAUCCCAAAACAUUUGUAUUUAAUACAUCGCCAAUCAUCUUUUGUGUAUUGAUUAAGCAAUAUAAUGGUAGUUUGCACUAGUUUUGUUUUAGUAGAGCAGAGGUGUCAAACUGGUUUUAAUUGAGGGCCACUCCUAACACUGGAUGAUAUUACACAAUUGCCUAUGCAUUUGAUGAUUUAUUUUUAUUUUUAUGUACAACGAUGUAAAAAAUUUUACAGUAAAAAACCUGACAGGUCAGUCGCAAAAAUGUUAGCGUAAAAUUUACAGUGUUUUUUUCAGCAUGUUACUGUAAAUGGAAAAAAACAGUGCCAGUGUUUUUCACGGAACAAAACUGGCAGCUCAGUUGAUAGAAUUUUACUGGAAAAUUUACAGAGUUUUUUUUACUGUAAAUAUAAAACUGCAUUUUUACAGUAAAAUUUCUGGCAACUUAGCUGCCGGAUUUUACCGUAAAAACCAGUGGUCCCCAACCACCGGGCAUUGGUACCGGGC